AUGUGUUCAUUUUUGACUUCCCCCUCUUGUGUGUGGUUGAGCUUUCGUCUAAAGCUCAGUGGUGUUUCCGCUCACAGUACAAGAUGUUUGAAUGAUCACAGUAUAGAAGAUAUUUAUUUGGAUCAGACAAUGAAGAUCAUACAGCUUCAGAUCUUUCUGUUGAUGUGGGCUCAAGCCACAGAGAGUCUAACAAACAUAGCAGUAACUUUAGGAGCUGAUGUGAAUAUAAGCUGUGAUCUUGAUAUAGAGGAGAUUUACUGGUACAAACACAAAUCACCGGAUCCUCCAGUGUUGAUCUUACGCACUUAUGAUAGCAUAUAUGAGAAAGCAAAAUAUGAAAACAGCAUCUUCACACACAAAUACUCAGUGAAAACUAACAGUCGUCUGUUCAUCAGAAAUAUCAGCACUGAUGAAUUAGGAGUUUAUUAUUGUGUCAAAACUAGUGAACCACAAAAAUUCAGCAACGGCACCAAAAUCUACAUCAGCGACUCUGACCAGAGGAAUCAGACUUCAAAAUUAGAGCCACAUGAUGCUUCACAACAUCGUAAAUCGUGGAGAAAUCUGAUCAUCAUCAUCAUCUCAUCUGCCCUGCUCAAUGUGCUUUUGACCAUCACUUUAAUAGGUUUGGUGACGCGCUACCUUCAUGUAACUAGAAAAUGUAAAAAUAUUUCAAACAACCCUCAAACCUCCACGGGAGCACAGCACUCAGAAGAUACACAGUUCGCUGCAAUUGAUCAUCCCAUCCGCCCCAGAGAAAGCAGGCCUUGCCAGGACCAGACCACUAUUCUCUUUUACAGCCAAUGAAAACCAUGAAUAAGAAGUAGUUUAAAACGUAGUAUGUUUAAUAAAUAAACUUUGAAUAUUAAAAAUGUGUAUUAAAGUUUAACAUUUCUGUAAUUCAGUUUGUAGAAUUUCAUACUUUCAAUCACUUCAGUGGUAUAUUAUUUUAAAAUGUUUAACUUAGUAAAAAACAUAAGUGACUAUAUCUACAUAUUUAAUAUUUAGAAGAGAGAUAUUAAAGAGAAAGAAAAAAUUGAAUCAAAUUUGAAACAAAGUUGAUUUUGCUUUUUAUUUAAAUGUUUCUUUCACAAACAUUCAGUUCAAUGAAAACUACUUGUAGGAAUUAAGUUCAGAGUCUUGAUCAGAUCUGUGAUGAUUUGUCACUGCAUCUAAGAUUAAUGUUCUAUAUGAAAAUAUAAUUACAAUUCUUAUUGGUUGAAAGUAAAACAGUGGACACUGUGGCUGUUUGCCACAAGAGUAAGUUGUCACAAGCGCUGUAAAUAUGCCACUUAAAGUUUUGUUGGUGUAAACUGCAAAGUUGAACUGUGAUGUCAUGACAAGGUUUUUUGCUUUUUUUGUUUUUUUGUGUGUUGCCAUGUAUAUGUUUGCUGCUUUGUGAAUUGUUAUGUUUCCAAAUAUGCAGUGAGGUAGAUACUGUUCCUGCUGAACAUAUGCAGGUUAGGUAGGUUUUGGUGCUGGUAUGCUGGUUUAAGCUGGUCCUGGACCAGCACAUGACCAGGUAAGGACCAGCUAAAUCCAGUAUACCAGCACCAAAACCUACCUGGCUAUGCUGGUUAUUUUAACAGGGGUGUGGUGUGCUAGAUAAUAUUAAUGAUCUUGUCUGUGAUGAAAUGUUCCUGUUUUGAAUGGAGAUCUUCCUUUUACGGCCCUUGUUUCAAACUAGCAGUGAGUUGCAUGUAAACCACAGGGUAAUGACGUUUCUCAGAGCUGAAGUAGUUUCCCAACAAGUUUCAAGAAACAUCAUGCAAUGAAUAAUCCUUAAUCUUGAACCAUACAAUACAUCCGCUAGCAGUUACGAAGAUAAAAUUCCUUCUUUGAAUUGUUUUUUUUUUUUUUUCACAAUUCACCUGAUUUCAUUACAAUUGUCUGCUUAUGUAUUAUAAAGAUUUCAGCUUUCAAUGUAUGUACUAAAGACAUUUUUUGACUUUCUUAUUAAUAGGUUUAAAUUUUUUUGUGUGCAUGUUAAAAAGUCCAACUUCUGCACAGCUCUUCUUUGUGGUUAACAGACAGCAUGGGUUUUUGCAAAUGAACUCCUCCACAGUUUGGUCAGUGUGUUUAUUUGCAGUCACAGACAAAGGUAGUUCACUUUUAUGCAUAUGAAAGCGAAGCUGUGAAAAAUAGACAUUCAGUCUUUUUAACAGCAUGCACUGUAAAGGUCCUAGAUCACAUGCAAUUUAACAACAUUUCGUCUACUGAAAGUAACAAUGUUUUGCCAGCUGAAUUUGUUUCGCCAUUAAACACUUUUAUCCUUCAUAGCUUUGUUUUCAUUCAUUU